UCCGGUUGAUGUGACGUUGGGUGACGUAAAAUCUUGUUUGUGGCGCUUUCCUCUCGCUGUUCUCACAUGGUUAUCUCAACAUGGAGAAAACAAACACGGAGCGCGUUAAUGAUGGCAAGUAUAAAGAUGAGACCAAAUCUGAGAAAAUGGAAGUGGAUGAUGAUACUCCACAUUCUCAGUCUGAACCAACAGGUAAUCUACAGAGCCCCGUUAUCCAAUCAAUGCCUGGAGAGCCUUGCAUCAUCAGUCAGUCUGAACCAAAUGUAGAUCAAUGCACCAAUAUUGGAGAUCACAGUGUCAGGGGUCUGUCUGAACUAACAGAAAAUCAGUGCACCAAUAUUGUGUCUGAACACAGAGAUCAUCACAGUGCCAGUUCUCAGUCUGAACCAAAGGAUGAUCAUUGCACCAAUAUUGAGUCAGAACAGACGAGUGGCCAUCAGUCUGGACAAGCAGAAAUUCAACACAUCAGUAUGCAGCCUGAGCAGACAGGAGAUGACUGCAACAGUGGUCAUUCUGGACCGACAGAAGAUCACCUCAUCCGUAAUACAUCUGGACCUGCAGAGAUGAAGUGUGAACCUGUGGUUAGUCCACAGACUGGCACUGGAUCCUUGGCUCUGUUAAGCAUGCAGUACAGAGGAAACAGCUCAGAUGAUGACCGCUCAGACAGUGACUCGGACUCUUCAUCCUCCACAUCCUCGUCCUCAUCAUCGUCGUCCUCUUCCUCCUCUGAGCCUUUAAUGGUCAAUCAGGGUGAAGAUGAUGAUGAUGAAGGUGUUGCCAUGGGCAGCGGGAAGAAGCCUGUGCCGGUCAAAACUCAAGACGAGCUACUUUUAAAGGACCUUCCUGAAGUGGAGAAUCUGACCAUCAGCCUCCCAGACGAUACAGAGAUGGAGCCCAUUGGGACGAUAUCAAGCAUCGUUGAGCAACUAGUGAUUGUGGAAGCAUACAAGAACACACCACCACUUAGUGAAGACAGUGUUUUAUUCAGUCAAAACAGAAACUCUGUUGGCAAGGUUUUUGAAGUUUUUGGACCCGUUUGUCAACCUUAUUACGUUUUGAGGUACAACUCGAAAGAAGAUAUCAGCAAGAAAGAACUCAAAAUUCGAGACCCUGUUUACUUUGCCCCCAAAAUUAAAGAUUUCACGGGCUACAUCUUUACAGAGCAACUGAAAGACAUCAAAGGGUCGGAUGCAUCCUGGAAAAAUGACCAGGAACCUCCUGCUGAGGCACUAGAUUAUAGUGAUGAUGAACAGGAGAAACUGGCCAAACAGAAGCUGAAAGAUCAAAAGAGACGGCAGAACGAUUCGGGUACAGACGAGGAAUCAGACGGCCACAAAGUCCGGCCCGCUCAAAAACCGACCCGUCGGAGGCCCCGACAGAACCGCAACGCUCCACGCGGGCAGCACCACAAUCGUGGUGGCGGUUUCCAUAGCAACCAUCAUGCCCAUCCCCACUUUCCACCCCCUGACUACAUGUUCCCUCAUUCUGAUCCACACAUGUUUCCCUACCAGGGCCCAAUGUACCCACCAUUCCCAAGACCUCCACCCUUUCACAUGGGCAUGCCCCCGUGGCCCCCAGGAGCCAAUCAAGGCUUUAUGUUUCAUCCCCCACCUCCUCCCCCACCUCCACCAUCUAAUCAGUAAACCUGUGACUUUAAUCAACUUCACCGGACAACACAUAACCAGCGCCCUAGGAAGGGAUUACAGUCUUUGUAUACUAAUUUGAUUGUAUACAGGUGUAUAGUGUGAAUCAAAUCGUAUUGUACAUUAUUGGAGUUACAUUUUUCAUUUUGUAUUAAAAAUGAUUUCAGAGUUUUUAGUGUAUUUAUAUUUGUAGUAUUGUUAGAUAUAGUGGAUUGCUGAUUCAGUUUCAUGUUGAAGAGAAACAACCCAGACCAUCUUUUGACCUAAAAUGUCACCGGCGCUCUAUUCUGUGUGCCGUUUUUUCUCAUAAACAGAGUUGUUCAGAAUAGCAUCAGCUCUCUGAUCCCAUGAUUUCAUAUCCCUUACAUUUACAUGUAGUCAUUUAGCAGACGCUUUUAUCCAAAGCGACUUACAGAUGAGGGAAACAAUGGAACCAAUUGGAACAACAUAAGGACAACAAAAAGCAUAAGCGCAAUAAAAGAAAGCUGGUCUCAUAUAUCCUACCACAGUAUACAGAGCUAAGUAUUUUUUUUUUUUUUUUGAAAGAGUAGAAAAGAGAUAGAAGUCAGAACUGAUCAGUGAGGUGUUGACGGAAGAGAUGUGUUUUCAGACGAUUCUUAAAUAAGGUUACAGAAUCUGCUGAUCUUGUAGCAGCAGGCAGAUCAUUCCAUAAAUGUGGAACCGAUCCCGAGAAGGUACGUGAGAGAAGUUUCCAUGACCACCAUUUUGGGAUUCCUGGAUGCUAUUUAUCUUCUGUUGUUUUGAAGCUGUAGUUCUGACCCCGUUAUGACUCAAGGUCACUGUGUCCAGCAGAUUGGCAGAGCCCAGAGCAAUGCAAUCCAUCUGGGAGCUGGCAGUUUCAUUACCAUCCAUGCAGUUUGGAGCACUUGGACAUAAAGUGAGGACUGCGUUUGCUCUGUGGACCAUUGAACCACUGAAACUGGAAGGAAAUUGGUGUCGUUUAUCUCACAGGGACAUCGAUCCUAUGCUGUGGCAGGUCGGAAGGCAUUACAGGUCUCUGUGUGUUUUUUGAACUACACAUAAGAGUGCUUGUCUGUUUUCUGGCUUUGAGCUAUAAUAUUGAUUACUAUUGGCUUUUUUAUUUUAGAUUGUCUAAAAAGGGGAGAAUGUUAGAGCCCGUGUGACUCAUGAGUUAACAUCACAUAACCUUGAGCUUACACUUUGUAGAGGACGUGUAUCCAUUUCUGCUGAUGCCCUUUUGUGAUUUGAUGGGUCAUUUAAGUGGAUCAUUUUUGGCCUUGUUUCAGCAGCGAUUCGGUUGCCAUUCAGCAGACCGCUUGGUUGCCAAGCAACGCCAUCAAAUUGCUCUGACGUGGUGUGGCGACUCUUGCCAAUUGUCACUGUCACUUGUUAAAAAAUGAUGGCCACUUCAGAGAUUUUCAUUGCUGUGCAGUCUUUUAUUUGUUGGACGUUUGCUACAUCUGAUCCAAAACAGGUUAAAAGUGUCUGUGUGAGGCGGCCGUGUUGUUUGAUUGUAGAUUUUUUGCUAUUCACACUCAAAAUUUCCCCAAAUACUGUUGCUUUUAGUGAAAAUACCCUACUGAAAAAACUGGUUUCCAUUACAAACACCAUUAUGAAUCCCCAGAUGUUUACCAUUAAAACCAUUAUGUUUAUUCCUUAUUCCAGUAGCAUUUAAUGGUAGUUCGAUCCUAUCCGCCAGAUAACAUCUCACCCACAGAACCCAACACAUUACCAGUAGAGGCUCACAAAAUUUCCAUUAAAACCAAUACAAUUUCUAUUAUAACCAUUACAUCCUUUCGAAAUUCUAUGACUUUUUUUCUUGAAUCAAUAAUAUUUAUGUCCCCGGAGGUUUGUGAUUUGUUGAUUUCAAACAGCAUCUCAAAUGAUGAUUGAUGUUACGUAUUAAAUUUGUACUCUUUAAUGGCCCACUUAGUAAUUUUCAUAAAAACGAAAACAUGCCAAAAGAUCACAUUUGUGUAGACCUAUGAUACAAUUGACAAAAAUAAUACAAUAAUAAUAAUUUUGUUAAUAUUAUUGACAAGAUACAAUAAUAAUGAUACUGAGUAAUAGUAGUGUUUACCAUAAGAAGUUUACUACAGUUUUUUUCAUGUCGGUAGGUAAAAUGAUAUCUUAAAUGUUUUUGUUAUUGUUCAUUAUUAUAAACCUUUGCUUUUCCCUUACAAAAAUGGAAAAUGAAUAAUGGUUUUAUUGUUAAAUUAUAAUACACUUUUUUGCCAUUGUACAAAGUUUGUACAAAUAUAAUGCUGUGUGUUAAAAUAAUGGUUAACUAUGGUUCCUGCAGUGCAACAAUAGUAAAUUUGUGGUUACUAUGUUUUGUGUGUUACUUUAGUAGUCAUGUUUAAAUUUCGUAAGUGUUUUUUGCUCAUUCUUUUAAUAUGGCCCAAAGUUCAUAUUAAUAUAGAAAAGUUUCCUUAUUUGAGUCUGUGAGAAAAUAGUUAACGGACGAGAAA